GUGCAAUAUUACACAUUUAACUCAAAAUAGUAUAAAUAAAAAAUAUAUAUAUAUAAGAAGUAAUUAAAUAAAAAAAAAGCACAAUAAAUAAGUUCAAUAAUUCAAAGGUGAAUUAAAUUUUGAGUCCUGUAUCUCUAAAUAUUUAAUGGGAAAAUUGUAAGAAGGGAAUUUUUAUAAAAAGAGAAGAGUAUAAAUUAAAUGAGAAAGAAUAAAAAUAUACCUAUGAAAAAAUUUAUUACAUAAAGGUUUCUUUUUAAUAUACGGAUGGAUAACUUUGUUAUUUACCAUUUGUGUCUAAAUAUAUAAAGUACACAACGAGAAUGAAAGGAGAAAAAAGUGUCAGAUUUUAACAAACUUAAUCUUAAAUUUUCGAUAUUUCUUUUUUUUUACGGAAAAAAACAACCAUUUUCAAAAGAAUAAGAAUUAUACAAUUCAUUUUUUAUUAUACAACUUUAUAUUCAUGAAAAUGUUAAAAAUUGCAUUAAAACAAAAAAUUUCAAUAUGCAGUUUUUAUUUAAUUUUAUUUAUCACAACGAAUUUUGUCUUCGAUAAUAUUGAAUGUGGUAUAAUAAGAAGAGAAAUUUCACUAAAAAAUGAAACUUCAACUGAUACAGAAAGUGAAAUUUUAAAAGAACAAAAUGAACAAGCUACAGCUACAACGAUAAGAACUAUAACACCAGAAGAUAGUAAAAUAAUUAUAAAAAAUAUUAAUAAUCAUAAAGAUGAAGUGGAUUUAAGUAAUUUUAGAACAGAAAUUACAACUGUUAGUGAAACACGUUCCGAAUCAAUUUCAAUUGGAACAAAACCUCCUUUAAUAUUAUCAACGACAAAAAAAUUAAAUUUAAUUAAUAAUAAUAGUGAUAUUAGCAACAACAAUAAUAAUAAAAGUGAUAAUAAUAAUAAUAACAAUGAUAGUAAUACAAAAAUAAUAACUACUACAACGACAAAAGUACCAUUAUUAUCAAAUAUAACAGUAGAAAAUUCUAAUAUUGUAAAUAAAAAUGUAAAUAUAAAUAAAGAAACGACAACAAUUGUAAAUAAAAUAAAUGAAGAUAGUAUUGUUACCAAAGAAAAUGUUGCAAAAAAUAAUUUUCAAACUACUGAACCAUUUUUGAAUAUAGUACAAAUGACAACGACAACACCAGCAACAACAACAGUGGCGACACACAUAGUAAAUGAUCCGAUUACAACAAUAAAACAGGAUUUGUUCAGACAUGAUCCACAUCAAGAUAUUGGAUUAACAACUUUGGAGCCUCCAGAAGAAACUACAAAAUCUUUUGAAGAUAUUGAUUACGACGAACAUAGAAUCUCAACAACACCAGUAACAAUAACAUCUUCAACAGACAAUAAUCAACAUAUUUUAGAAACAACUAUUCAAAAACAUUCUAUUUUAGAAAAUGAAUUGAAUAAUAAGACAAUCAAUCAAACACAUUCCAUGAUCUCUGAAACAGUUAUUAAAAAUGAAAAUGAUGAACUCGAAUCAAAACCAGACAAUUCCAAACCGACUUUUAUAAAGGCUACACUAGAAAAAAUUGAAAAUGAAUUAUUACCAUCAUCAUCAGUAUCUCCAAUACCAUCGCUGCCUCCGAAACUUGAAAAAAAUAAUAUUAAAAUUCAAGGUAGAAGUCAUCAUGACAAUAAAUAUGAUGAAAUUUUUUCUGAAAUAGGAAAUAGUGGUGAAAAUAAAAAACAUGAAAAAAAUUUACAAUUAAAACCAACAAAUAAAGAAAUCACAACAAUUUCAAAUGAUUUAGAAAUACCAAAUGCUGCUGAAUUAUGGGCUUUAGUUGGUAUGAAAUCAAAUUUACCAAAAGAAAAACUUAUUAAAUUAGAAAAUCCUACAUCAAAACAAAUAUCCUCUUCGACACCAGAAUAUGUGAAUAUUGAACAAGAUAAUUCAACAUUAAAACAUUUAGCUGAUUGGACAAAAAUUAUGGAAGAAAGUAUUGAUAUGGAAAACUCAACAUCAAAUAUUUUAAAUAAUGAAUUAACAGCAACAACAAUAUUACCGGAUUCUAUUGAAGAAAAAAAUAAAAUUUUAAUAGAUUCAAUAUCAAAUAAUUUAAAUGAAAAUUUUGAUAAAGAAAAUGUGAUAAAUUCUACGCAAAUAGAAAUGAUUCCAAAAUUACAAAAAGAAGAGCAGGAAAAAGUGAAAAUGAGUUCAAAUUUAACACCUAUAUUAAAUGAAAAAAAUUUAGUAGAAGAAUCAGUACAACAGAAAAAACUAAAUAACUCAACCGAAUCAGUUAAAGCAAUUUUAAACGAAGAGAAAUCUCUAUUAAGUCAAACAUCAAAUAAUAGUAGUGAUGAUCAAAAUAAUAUCAUUGAAACGAUAGUUAAAAAUCAAAAUAAAAAUAAUGACAAUAAAAUACUCAGUUUUGUAAACGCAUCCAAUAGUGAUAAUAUUGACAAAAAGACAGAAAAUUUGAAAAUAAUAACAAAUAAAGAUGAAAUUGAAAAUAAUAAGAAUAAAAAUAUAAAAGAUUCGUCAUCAUCAUCAUCAUCAUCAUCCGUAUUAGAAUCAACGUCAAUUUCCUCUAGCACAAUAAUUAAUGAUGAAACUACAAUAGAAAACAUAACACCGCCAACUACAACAGUAAUAAUGCCAACAAUAAUAACAACAACAACAACUGUAAGGGGUUUGCCAUUAGAAAUUUCAUUUAAAGCUCAUCCAAAUAAGGAAGAUAUCACAGAUAAUUUAAACGCAGUUAGUUUAAAUAAUGCCUUCAAAAAUAAUUCAAGCGAUAAAUACCUUGAAAAUGCUCAAAAUUUUGAUUCAAUUGUACAACCAACAACAACAGCAACAACGAAAACAAUAACAACAACGACAACAAAAACAACAACAACAACAGUAACACCAACAAUUGAAACAAAAAUUAUAAAUCGUAAUUCUAAUAUUACAGACGAUUUUAGUAAGCUUUUAACUGCCGUCGUGGAAAAUAGUUUAAAUGAAACAAAUUCAAUUUUAGUAAAUGAAAAUAUAAAUAUAAAAAAUAAUAAUAAUAGGGAAAAUGAUAAAACAGCGGAUAUAAAUGAAAAUUUAAAUAAUAUUAUUGUAAAAAAAGCAAAUGAAAGUGAAAUUAAAAACGACAUAAUAAUAACAACAGAAAAACCAAAAGAGAAAGAGGUGCAUUUUGAAACAAAGGAAGAAUCUAAGAUGACAUCACGUAUGGAUUAUGAUGAUGAAAGUAAUUUUACAUCAACAACAUUAGCUACAACCGGGAUUUUAUAUGAUAAAAAUAAGAAAAAUCAAAAAUAUUUAACAGGAUUAUUAUCAUCAACAUCGGAAACAACUCCAUCAUCAUCAUCAACAUCUUCUGCAACAAUAAUUGGUAAUGAGAUUAUUAAGAAAAAAACAACAACUGAAAAACCAGAAAAAUUUGAAAUUGUCAAACCGACUUCAGAAAGCUCUAUUGAAAAUGAUGUAAUAGAAAAACAUCAACCACCUACCAUAAAAUCAUCAUUAUUUCCUAAAUUAAUUCAACCUACAACAACAAUAAAUCCAUUAAAAAUACCAAAUAAUAAUGAAGAAAUUUUAGUUGAAAAUAGUUUAGAUAUACAAUCAACAUUACAAACAAUCCCAUUUGCUAAAGAUCCUUCAGAAAUAUUAAUUGGUUCUCCAACACCAUCAUUACCAUCAUCGGAAAUAAAUUCUGAUUUUUAUCCAAAAUAUGAGGUUGCAACAACAAGUGAUACAAAAUUAGAUAUUAUUAAUAUUGAUGAUAAUAAUGAUAAUAAAACAAAAAUGACUACAACAGAAUCAACAAUAUUAUCAUCAUCAAAAACAUUAAUAAAUAAUGAUGAUAAAAAUGGUGGUAGUCCAUCAAGUACAAAAAUUCCAUAUAAUACUGAAGGAUUAGAAGGUGCAUCAAAUGAUACAGAUUAUAAUGUUAUUGUUGCUGUAUCGGUUAGUGUUGUUGGUAUUAUUGCUUUGAUAUUACUUGUUGGAUUUUUAAUAGUUAUGAGAAAACGUCAAAAACAAACAACAUAUGGUCAGAGAUGUCGUCCAGUUGGUUUAGAUGCAUACUCAAUGUAUAAUAUAUCAAUACGUGAUAGUAUACGUGGUAAAAGUUUUCGAAAUAGUGUCUCAAAAAGAAGUUAUGGUAAUGUUGCAUUCGAUGAUCCAUCAUUAAUACAUAAUCCAAUGGGAAUACAUGAUUUAAAUCGUUUUGUUGGAAAAAAAAGUGCAAUAUUUGAUGAAUUUAAAGAUAUUCCACAGAUUACAGCUAAGGCUGAUGAAGUUCCAGCUGGAUGUGAAGAUAAAAAUAGGUAUGCCAAUGUUAUACCAUUACCAGAAACAAGAGUAAUUUUACAACAACAAGAUGGUGAUGAAAAAACAGAAUAUAUAAAUGCAAAUUAUGUUAGGGGCCCAAAAGAUUCACCAAACUAUUACAUUGCAUGUCAGGCUCCAUUAGAAAGCACAGUACCAGAUUUUUGGCGAAUGAUAUGGGAACAAAAUUCUCGUGUAAUAAUAAUGGCAACAGAUUUAGAAGAAAAUGGAAUAGAAAAAUGUGCAGCUUAUAUACCAGAAUCAAUGAUUUUAGAUAAUCAUGUUGUUUAUGGUGAUUAUCAAAUAACAUUAAAAAAUCGUGAAGUUAAAGAAAAAUAUGCUGUUUCAACUUUACAUGUUAAAAAUUUAAAAACUAAUGCAUGGCGUGAAAUAACACAUUUUUGGUAUCAAUGGCCAAUUACUGGUGUACCAAGUGAUGAAGCACCUAUGAUAGCAAUGCUAUUAGAAGCAAGAAGUUGUUUAAAAACUGCCGCCAAUGAACAAGUAGAUGAUGAAGAAAUUAUUGAUAAUAAUGAUAAAAGAAAUGAUUCAAAAACAACAGUAACACCAUCUACAACAAAAGAAGUAUCAUCUGAAGUAAAUAAAAUAAGUGAUGAUAAUGAAAAUAAUAUUAAGAAUGAACCGGUAGAUCAAAAAGAAAAUAAAAAUGAUAACACUAAUAAAACUAAUACAACAACAACAAAAACAUUGUCAAAGUCUCAGGGCCCAUUACUGGUCCAUUGUUCCCCAGGAACUGGCAGAACUGGAACAAUAAUUGCAUGUGAUAUUGCAAUUAGGAGUUUAGAAACUCCAAAACGAACUGUAGAUAUACCACAAAUUGUAUAUUAUGUAAGGAGGGGCCGAGCUAGUGCGAUUCAAACAAAAGAACAAUAUGAAUUUAUAUAUAGAGUGACACAUAUGUAUGCUACAAAAAUAUCAGCACCUGUAAAUGAAAAUUAAUUAAAAGUCAACAUAGAAAGCAAUUUAUAUUUUAAUUUUUUUUUUUUUUAAUAAUUUAAAUUAAUUUAAUUUAAUGUAUAAAAACAAAUUAAAUGCUAAAUUUAUCAACUUUUUUAUUUUUGUUGUAAAAAAAGCAUCAAUUUAUAGCUUUAUCAAAAAAAAAAAAAUCUUUUCAGAAAAUCUUUUAAAAUUCUUUAAUACUGAAUUGAUUUCACUGAUAUUAUUAUAAAAUUUCUUUUCUCUUAAUCAAAAUAAAUAUUGUAAGAAAAAUAUCACAAAUUUUAAAAAAAAUUAAACGAUCUCAGCACAAUAAAAAUGUUAAAUAAGUUGUCAAAAGAGAUUUAUAGCAAAUUUUACCUUUAAAAUAUUUUAAGUUUAAAAAAUGUUAUGCGAGGUAUAUUUAAAAUUGUAUACAGUUAACAUGCGAAGUGGAUUACAAAUAUAUAUGUAUAUAAUUUAUUUUAAGUGUAACAUCACUACCUCUUGAAAAAUUAAAUUUAUUAAGUAUAAAAUCUUCUAAAACCUUGUAAAAUUUUUUUCUUUAAAAAUUUUUGACUUGUAACAAAAGUUAAUAGUUAAGUAUGUAUCAUGAAACCCUUUAAUUUUAUUGUGAUGGAUAUUGAUUUAAAAUAUAUACAUAAUUAAAAUUUUAAAGGAAUAUUUAAAUUGAACUAAGAAAAAUGUUGUGUUUAAUAUUUUUCAUUGAAAAAAAAAAAAAACUAUCAUUAAUAAUGAUAAAAGUUUUGAUGCUUAUUUUAAACGAAGGCAGCAAUAAGAUAAGAAAGCUAUUCUUUUGAACCACAAAUUUAUUUCAUAAAUAUUAUAAAUAAAUUUUAUAUAUUUAUUUAAAAUUUAUGUAAAUAUAUAUUAAAAACUUUAUUUUUAUUUAAAAAAAAAAAUAAUGAUAAAAAAGAUUUGGUAAAAAAAAUCGCUAUUUUUAUUGUG